GUGCCACAGCCACCAGCCCCAGCAGCACUGAAUUGGAGCAAAGACCCUUGAACUUGGAGGUGCUCGAGGGCUUACAAGAGAGAGCAGGAAUUAUUGAAGAAGAGGAGGAAAGGCGUGGAGGGGACGAGGAGGUGAGGGGCAAAAGCCAUAAUUCCAGUUGGCACUUGGCAGGUGCCCUGCUCAGUGGUGGAGAGGUGCUCCUGCUUCUAGGGGCUUCAUUAUCAUGCACACCCUAAAAGUGCCCUUCGUCGUCUCUGCAGCCUCCUCCACCUCCACUUCCUCCUCCCCGUCCACCCGGCUGGAGGGCUUGGGCACCACAGCCAGAGCACCCCCUGCUUUGGCGGCGACUGCUAAUAUUGGCCCGACCAGCGGAUCAUCGGCCGGGCAGUUUCAGGAGAGAGCCUUGGGCACCAGUGACUCCCCAGUCCUCAUUAUCCACCGUCCCGGAGCGGCUGGGACUGCGCAGAGACUAGAGUACAGGGGCCGAAGAGUGACUGCUGACCUGGUGGAGGAGGAGGUGGGCACUAGACCCCAGCACCAGGGUCCCCCAGCUGGCCCAGCCCACUCGGCUUACCCCCUUGCCCAGCCUGCCCUCCAGCCGGCCAGAGCCUCCCGUGAUCCCAGCCCUGAGGUGAGCUGCUGCGGCUUGUGGCCCCAGAGAUCCCAGCGCUCCCAGAACUAAGGCCGGCAGCCAGACCCAGCGCCUGAGAGGUAAGUGUCCCCGGUGCUCCAGGCACAGCAGAUGAGGCUGAGUUAGUCAGGCUAUGUACAGGGACCCGACGUCCUUUGGUCUUUGGAGUCUCUCAAGGCAGAGACACCCCCUUUAAAAGCAGCAGGGCUCGGAAAGGCUGGGUGUGCUCAGAGUCACAGCUGGUGUCUGGUGCUCAGGUGGUCCCACUCUAGGUGCUGCUCCCUGGGGUUGGGGCUCAGGUGUGGACAAAGCAGACUCCCUGCGGUCUCUGCAGAACGCCAAAGCCCUCUUAUGGAGCUCCUGGAGGAGAGAAAAGGUCAAAGGAAGGGAGCAGGCAGAAGGGGAGGGCAGCCAGCCCAGAGGGAGAAGAAAGGGUUUUUCCAUGUGGAGCCAGAAUUUGAGGAGGGGGACAGAAAGUGGGAGGGGAGGGAAAAAAUUCUAAGUUGGGGAGGAAUCCUGGGAGCAGAACCCCCUUCCUCCCAGCCCUGGGACCUCAUUCUAGUUCCCUGACCUCUCUGUAUCCCCAUUUGUCAAAGUUCAGAACUGUGAAAAGCAAGUGAUGUGAUGGGCAAAUGGGGGGGUGGGCUUUGAGCCUAAGGGGUUUUACAAUUGUCAUUGUCCCAUUGUAUUAGGACAGCUGACUGGGCUUCCUGUUGGAGGGGGGAGGCGGCUAGAAAGGCCCUCUGGCCAGAACCACCUUCUACUCCCCUCCAGAGCAAGCAAGCCCCUGGUGGUGGUGGUGGCCCCCCCGGA